CGGACGGUUUGCACUCCCGCUCUGGAGCAGCGACCACCCAGUCGGCUCCUCCAUCCCCCAUCAGAGAGACCACAUGGGCCCCGAGUCCACCUGCCCUUGCAGGGGCUACCUGACUCGCCUCCAGGUGAGGACCUGGAUUGAGCCCGUGGUGGCCUCCACUCAGGUGGCCAGCUCCCUCUAUGAUACGGGGCUGCUCCUAGUGCUGAAGGAAUCCUUAGGGGUCAGAGCCUCCAACCACAGCACCAGCUUGUCUCCCCGGGGGGCUCUAGAGGACCAGCAGCAGAAGGCCAUCUCCAACUUCUACAUCAUCUACAACCUCGUGACCGGCCUGACGCCCCUGCUGCCUGCCUACGUCCUGGGCUGGCUCAGCGACCGCUACCACCGCAAGAUCUCCAUUUGUGUGGCCCUGCUGGGCAUCCUGCUCUGCCGCCUGGGGCUCCUGUUCAAGGUGCUGUGGGACUGGCCCAUAGAGGUGAUGUACUGGGCGGUGGGGCUGAACGGGCUCUGCGGAGGCCUCUCCGCGUACUGGUCCGGGGUUAUAUCCCUGGGAUCCCUUGGCUCCUCCGAGGGCCGCCGCUCCAUUCGCCUCAUCUUUAUCGACCUGAUCCUGGGCUUGGCGGGAUUCUGUGGGAGCAUGGCCUCCGGGCAUCUCUUCCAGCAUGUGUCUGGGCAAGCCUGGCAGGGCCUGGCGCUGACAGCCUGCAGCGUGAGCUGUGCCUCCUUUGCCCUUCUCUACAGCCUCUUGGUCCUAAAGGUCCCUGUGUCAGUGGCCAAGCCCAAGGCACCCCCCACCGUGGAUACCGUGUCUGGCACAGUUGGCACAUAUCGCACCCUGGAUCCUGAUCAGCCUGACAGGCAGAGUGUGGAGGGGCACCCCCUAUCUCCUGAGAAAGCAAAGCCCCAUAAAUCCAUUAUUGUCCUGCUCUUUCUGGGUGCCAUACUUUAUGACCUGGCAGUGGUGGGCACAGUGGACGUGAUGCCCCUGUUCGUGCUAAGGGAACCGCUCAGUUGGAACCAAGUGCAGGUGGGCUAUGGUAUGGCUUCAGGAUACAUCAUCUUCAUCACCAGCUUCUUGGGCGUCCUGGUCUUCUCCCGCUGCUUCCAGGACACCACCAUGAUCAUGAUUGGGAUGGUCUCCUUUGGAUCGGGAGCCCUCCUGUUGACUUUCGUGAAAGAGACAUACAUGUUCUACAUUGCUCGAGGCCUCAUGCUGUUCGCUCUCAUCCCUGUCACAACCAUUCGAUCGGCAAUGUCCAAACUUAUAAAGGACUCCUCCUAUGGAAAGGUGUUCGUCAUCCUGCAGCUGUCCCUGACUCUGACCUGGGUGGUUACCUCCACGAUGUAUAACAAGCUCUACCAGCUCACCAUGGAGAAGUUCGUGGGUACCUGCUUCGCGCUCUCCUCCUCUCUCUCCUUCCUGGCCAUCGUUCCGAUUGGCAUCGUGGCCUAUAAACAAGCCUCAUGGUUGAAACAUGCAGACAUCCCGGGGACAUGAAGGUGCUGACCCGCAGGAGGUGAUAACACCAGCAGUGGCCCCUCGGAAAACCACGGGAGGGACCAGGAACUGGUGACCAAAGCAGCCCACUACCCAGAAACCUGAGUUCCAGCCAGAGUCAGCCUCAGAAUCAGCUGCUCUGGCUCAGGGGUCCCUGGGGGCGGGGAAAGCGUUUUCCUGGGGAUGGAAGAACUGUGUCAGCUUUCAGACACCCUGACAGGCAGAGGUUAGGCUCUGCGGGCAGCAGACUGUGACCUUUAAUGGUUUAUAUUCAAGCUGCGUGCACAGCCGGGCCAGACGCUACAGGGAGCUUCAGACAGAGGCGCCUUUUCUUCCAGAAAUUGUCUUCCGGGCUCCAAGGUGUGGCUCAGUAGUCACCUGGGUGCGGUGCUAGGAGUCCCGUGUGGGAUGCAAACCCGCGGGGGACGUGGAAGGGGUGUUUUGUAAGAACUGCCAACAGUGAACA